UGAACCACCAACCAAACCACGGAUGAUGAUGACACCCUUCCCCUCACACAACCAGGACCUCAGGAAGGGGAGAAGUUAUCAGUACAUCCGAGGAAGGGAGGGUGUGUGACUGAGUGGUUGCCGGGAACUGAAAAGGUGAAACAGAACCAGCCUGCUCACCAGGAGCAAGGGCUCCUCCAGUUGCUUGUAUUGCUUGCUGGCUGCUUCCUCUUCUUCCAUUUUUUUUUUUUUUUAGCAGCUCAGAGGCCGCAGGAGUCAGGGGGCACAGCCUCUUCUCCGAGAGACCCAGGAGGCCGGACCACCAGCUUCCUCAUUCCUCAGGACCCAGAUACCCAGUGCUCACCCCCAUGGAGCCCUGUCGGUCCCUGGCCCUGCUGGCUGGCUCCUUGGCCCUGACAUCUGUCCUCGUUGCUAUGAGCACAGAUUUCUGGUUUGUGGCCAAGGGGCCCCACUAUUCAUCUCACUCUGGCCUCUGGCCAAAGGGGGAUCAGCACUCCGUAGCAGGCUACAUCCGUGCGACACAGACCUUCAGCAUCCUGGCUGCCCUGUGCGGCCUGGUAUCCGUGGUCUUCCUGGUCCUGUCCUGCAUCCCCUCGCUGUCUGCCCCGGGCCGCGGCCCCCUGGUCUCUUGCAUUACAACCUUCACUGCAGCCCUCUCCAUGUUGGUGGCCAUGGCGGUCUAUACCAGUGAGCGGUGGAACCAACCUGCGAACCCCCAGGUCCAGUCCUUGUUCGGCUGGUCCUUCUACGUGGGCUGGAUCUCGGUUCCCCUUUUUCUCACUACAGGUGGCCUGAGUCUGGCUGCCCACUGCCAGGUCCCCCGGCCGGGCUACGACACCCUGUGAGCUGCAGGUGAAGACAGUGGGUCUGAAGGCAACGUCAGGAACGACAGGGCCCCCUGGCCCUCCCUCGGCCCUCUCCCCAGCCCUUCCAUAGCCCCUUGGUUUGUGUCUUCAUUCAUUCAAAAAAUAGAUGGCUGGAAUCUG